AUGUCUUUUCUAGAUGCCAAGGUUGAUUUCGCCAAUUUGAGCACCGAGUCGCUCGAAAAACUCACCAAGGUGUCUGAUUUUGCGCUCGAUUAUAAUAUCUUUCUUUUCAAAGGAAUCAAACAGGCUCGUGAGUCCGAUACUAAGGAACUGAUUGAUUUCCGACUGGAUCUGUUCAAUUCAAUUCCCAAAGACCAUGGCUCUAUGAUCUUUCGUGGACUCGAUAAGUCUGCUUCCGGAGAUUACACAUUAAUUCCUACAACUACUUCGAGAUUGCAAGACCGGCUGUUGGAGCUGUUAAUCCUGGAAAGACACAGAAGAGACAUCCAGGUAUUGAGCAAACUGGCCAACAAGAAGAUCAAUCCAGUACCGCUCGAAGACCCAAACGUCUACGAGAUCAAGUCUCCGCUGUACCAGAGGUUGUUGUCUACAAAAGACGAGUACGAGACGAGUUUUAAGAGGUUUGCCAUGAUGCAAAACGUGGAGUACGAUUUCGAGAACGAAUUGGACGACGGCGACUACGAGAAUGACAAUGACCUGGUCCAACAGUUCUGCACAGAUGACUUGUUUGAGGUCGACCCGAAGAAUCUGGACGAGUCCGAAUUGGCAAAAAUAUUGAUUCCGUUGGCUUCCAAGACAAUUUUCCAAGAAUGA